AUGUUAUUACAUUAUCAACGUCGUCUAUUAUUAAAUCUAUGUCGACAAACUGUAUCGAUAUCAAAUCAUAUUCAAUCUGUAUAUCAUAGUGAAGUCUCAAAAACGAUUCAAAUUCGUCAUGUAACUUUUAAUACUCCAAUAAAAAAGAAAAUUCUAUUAAAAAUCAAUACUGUUCUCAAUGAAACUGAAGAUCUCAUUGGAAGUCAAAAUGGUUCCGAUGCAACGAAUAUAACUUAUUUAAAUAAUGAACUUGUUCUAUCGGAACGUAUGGUUAAAUUUCCAUUUCAUUAUCGAUGUUUACUGGAACAGCAAUUUGCUAUAUGUCAAGAUCGUUGGGUAACCAAUGAUGAAUGGCAAGAAUUGUAUAAUAUUGUUGGCGAAACAACUAAGCCAAUAUUCGGAUCGGUUACAAUGUUGGUUUGUGUACAGUUGAAACAUAUUGAACGUGGCCGAUCAUUAUAUGAAUUUAUUCAAAACAGAUAUCCGGCUUUACUAACGUUAACAUCAACGACGUGCACAGCUUUUAUGAAUUUAUUGGCUCUAGACUUUUUUACUUUAAAUGGAAAAAAACAUGGUCAAGAUUAUUCGCUUCAUGAAAAAGAAAUAUGUGAUGUUUAUGAAAAAUGUGUGAGAGAUAAAAAACAGUCGAUUGUAGCUUCGGCCGCUGCAUUAGGAAUAAUCAAAGGUCUAUGUGUAACUCGACUUUGGCAUGAGGCCUAUUCUUAUUUACCAUUUACUAACGAUGAUGAUCAAUUACAAGCAAUGACCGAGGUUUGUCUAGCUGCCUUACAUAAUGAUGAUAUCGAUACGGCAAUAAAAUUAGUUAAAAAUUUUAAAAAUCCACCACCCAGUGAUAGUGCUGCUGCAACAAUAUCAAGUGUAUUAAACGACAUGGUGCGAGACAUGUUUAGAAAUUUAAAUGAAAAAAACGAAAAAUCUUAUGAAUUUAUUCAACAUCUAUUUCAAUAUUUAUCUACAUUAGAUUAUUUCAUUGAGAAAUCAGCGGUAGACGAAAUAAAAACGUUUUUUGCUAAAUAUACAUCAAAUGCAUUUAACCAUGGCAUAACAAUGGUAUACCCAAAUGGUGUCUGUAAGGAAUUACCUGGUUUGAGUUUAACAAGUGGAGACUUGACUAAUGAUGAAUUCAAGUUUUUACUUGAUUAUCUUAAAGAAACUGCGUAUACUGAAAAGGAAGUUUAUAAUACUGCAACCCCCAUUGAAUUCGAAAAACUACAAGCAGUUCUUGCGCGAAAUAAAUUUACUAUGAUUGUGGAUGGCUUAAAUAUACUCUAUGGCAUCGAUCGAUUUGCUACUGACCCUGUUAGUUCAAUGGUUAAGACAAUUAAUUUUCUUAAAAAUUUACGCGUCUCUCGAGCCCAAAUGUUAUUCAUAGUACGUAAACAUGCUUUAUCUCGUAUACCACAUGGUAUAAAAAGAGAUUUAAGUUCAAUAUGUGAAGUUUUUCUAGUCGAUAACACUUCUCGCGAUGAUUGGUUUGUUUUAUAUGCAGCACUAUAUUCCCGAGCUUACGUUUUAACCUCUGAUAUACUAAGAAAAGAACGUGGAAUAUCUAGUAAAUCAACACCAGCCAAAGAUACGCAAGUGAAUGAUAAAUUACAAAAAUGGCUCUAUCGUUAUCAAUACAUGUUUGUUCGACAAGGAAAUCGAACUUUUUUCAAACCACCAAUGGCCUACAAAUUAAGAGCACAAUAUAAAGAUAAUGUUUGGUUAAUUCCAUAUUUUAGCGAAAAACCGCAAUCAUUAGGCCAACGACCUGAUAAUUGGUUUUUUGUCUAUAAAACAUCGGACUAUAAACAAACAAGGCCAUUAACACCAAAUCGCCAGUCGACGAAUGAAUCGUUUUCUGUUAAACCAGAGAAAAAAUCUCUUUAA